AUGACGGUAGGCGUCCUCUGUAAAAAAUCAAGGAUUCUUGGUGGGAAGGAUGCAGAUAUAAAGGAAAUGCCAUACCAAGUAGCAAUAAAAUAUGUGCAUCAAAAUAUACUUAAGUGCGGAGGUUCUAUUGUCACUGACAAACACAUUCUUACCGCAGCUCAUUGUGUCGCUACUCAAUUAUAUUCUGAAAUGAUUAUUAUCGCAGGAACAACAAAUCUAAAUGACAUACUUAGAUGGACGUAUAUGAUCGAUCACGCGGACAUUCAUCCUUCGUACACGGGAGAAAUGUCAAAUAAUACUGUCUCUGCAUACGAUAUUGCCGUCAUUACGAUACAAGGUACAAUCGUAUUUAAUGAAUAUCAAAAUAAAAUCGAUUUACCGACAAUACCUUAUCACAUUGGCGAUGAAGCUAUCAUCAGCGGUUGGGGAUGGACGACUUACCCAGCAACUAAUACUCCCGCCUUACUGCAAACGGCAACAGUAAUAAUUGUUAGCAAUGAAGAAUGUGCGGAUAAUUUUGAAUUUCCAAUUUGUGAUUACCAUAUGUGUACAUUGCAGUUGAAUGGGAUUGGCGUGUGCACCGUAAGUUUUUUCAUUUGUUUAAAGCCUUUGACAAUAAUGAAUAUUUUCAGUGGCGAUAGCGGUGGACCAGUGGUUAGCAAUGGAAAACUUAUUGGCGUUAUUUCGUUUGGCGUACCUUGUGCCACGGGGGUGCCCGAUGUACACACCAGCAUUGACUUCAAUAUUAACUUCAUUAGAAGCGUUAUAAAUCAAUAAUAUACGCACACGUAUGUGGGCCCGUG